AUGUUAAACACGUCCACCACCAUUCAUCUCCCCGUCAUCCACCGCCACUCCAUUUUCCCUCCAUACAACUACAGUAAGGAAGAAUCCAUCCAAAAGCCCAUGUUUGCUGCAGACAACGCACUCCUCUUCCUUGUGAAUGUCUCCAUGGGGAACCCCUCCUCACACCUUCUGGCCAUGGACACCGGGAGCAACCUCGUCUGGAUCCACGCUGGAGAGGAUAAGCAUCGGGGGAAGGCGCUGAGCAUCAAGGGGGACGAGUUCGAGUUCAACGUGGUGGUGGAUCCAGACGAGGUUGAACUCGAACUCGUCCGCCUUGAUGCUCAGCGCCUUCCCCCGACGCUUCUCCCUCCAGCGUGGAUCCAGACGAGGUUGCUCCCGGUGUCCAUGGCCAGAAGGUUCGUAUGGAGGGAAAACGGAGUGGCGGUGGAUGAGGGGGAGAUGAAUGGUGGUGGGCGUGUUUCUAGCGAUGGCCAAAGUGAUAUUAAGACAACGAGGAGAUGA